AUGAUAUACUUAAUUUUAGGGGUCAUUUUUGCACUUGCAAUAGGCUGUUUCAUGAGUGCCAAACCAUUAAAGUAGAAGAUUGAAUCCAAGAUAAGAAAGGAGAAAACAGAAGGAAAAGAGAAUGAAUCUCUUGAGCAUUCUUAUGCUGAAUCUAAAAGUAGUGGAUUACUAUUUUGCAAUGUUUGCAAAAAGCUGCUAUUUAGUCUAUGGGGAGCACAAUAUCAUGAAUGUCUAAUAUGCGGAAUUUAUGUUCACAAAAAAUGCAGAAGAAAUCAAAUAUAAUGCAAAUUUAUAAAAUCCACUUAGAAUGAGCUUGGUCAUCAAUGGCUGAGCGGAAAUCUCCCUAUGAAUUCAAUAUGUUGCCAUUGUGGAUUAACAUGUGGAUACUUCUUUGAUUUGGAAGGCAAAAGUUGUCUUUGGUGUUAAAAGGUUGUCCAUGAAGAAUGCAAAGACAAAGUAAAUUAAUAAUGUGACUUUGGGGAAUUCAAAGAUGCAAUCAUUUUACCGAAUGGAAACUUCACUAAACCAAUAAUUGUUGUUAUCAAUUAGAAGUCUGGAGGAUAAGUAGGCGUAGACUUUUAUAAAUCUUUUCUUAGGUAUAUAGAGUUUAUAUUUAGAUUUUUAAACCCUAUCCAAGUGUUGAAUAUCUAGGAAAUGCAUAAAUUAAAGAAUUUCACACAUAUAAAGACAGCGAAAUUGAUCACUGCAGGAGGAGAUGGUACAGUUGCGAGUGUGAUAAAUUAUAUCAAGGAAUUUGAUUGGAAUCCUCCUAUUGCCAUUCUACCAUUAGGAACAGGAAACGAUUUGAGCAGAGCAUUGGGAUGGGUAAUGAUCUAGUAAUAUAAGAUAAGGGUGGAACAUACGAAUAACUGGAUGCAUCUCAUGUGUUAUCAAAAAUAAUGAACAAUGAGAAUGUUACGUUAUUGGAUAGAUGGAAUGUAAAGAUAGGGAAUAAGAAUUUUAAGCUAUUUAAUUAUUUUGGAAUUGGAUUAGAUGCAAAGUUUUGCUAUGAUUUUCAUAAUUUGAGAUAGACAUCGCCUUAAUUAUUUAAAAGCAGAUUGGGGAAUAAGCUGAUUUAUACAUAGAUGGGUUUGAAUGAUUUAAUUAAGAAUGAAAAGAGUGGUUUGGGAAAGAAAAUAAAAGUCAUUUGUGAUGAUUAGGUUAUAGAUAUUCCAGAUUAGGUUGAAAAUGUUAUUAUUUUAAACAUCAAUUCUUGGAGUGGAGGGGUUACUGGAUUAUGGGAAUAAGAUGGAGACUUUAAGCAAUAAAAAAUGAAUGAUGGACUUUUAGAGAUAAUUGGAGUUACAAGUAUUCUGCAUUUGGGUCGAAUUCAAGUGGGAUUGGAUAAACCAUAUCAACUUGGCUAAGGUAGAAAGAUAUAGAUUAUAUACCCUUCAAAUUCUUAUGUCUAGAUUGAUGGUGAACCACUCUCAAUAGGACCAUCUAUUAUUGAUAUCUCUUUAGUUGAUAAGGUACAAGUUCUGACCAAUUACGAAUUGACAUGGGAGAAUAGAUUCCUGAAGACUAUGGAUUGGGCUGAAGAACAGAAUCACAUCACCAAACAAGCAAAAGAUGAAAUUGUGAAUCGUAUGUUACAUUAUUAUUAAUGAAUUAACAAAUAUUAAAAAAAAUGGGUAUCACCGAACAAGACCUAUUACCUCUUAAGAAAAUCAAAGUACCUCCAGAAUAUGAAAAUGAUUCUCAAUUCUAUUAGGAAACAAUCAUGAAAUAAUACGAAAAAAGAAGAUAGAGGUUGCUGAGCGAAUAUAAUGACUUAUUAAAUAAAAAAUCAGAAGAAACCCAAAUUCACCAAAAAUCAUAAUCUCCAGAAGACAAACAAGAGGACUUGACUACUUCGAGAAUUAAUGACAAAUUGUUGAAGAUGAAGAAGUUUUAACAAAAUUAAAGAGAAUAAUAAUUAAUACAAUAUUCAUAUAAAGAGCAAUUGAUUGAAACCAGAAGGAAAUAAAUUAGCAGCGAGAGAGAAUUACGUGCAUUUUAAAAAGAAGUUUAAGAUACUUCUCGACUAGAAUAAGUCUAAAGAAAUCGAGAUAUGAUAUAGAAAUUAAUAACAGAUAAGCAAGUUAAAAGAAGAAUGAGUUAUGAUGCUAAACUCUAGAAAUGGGAGCUCCUUAAAUAAGCUUAAUAUUUAAUUCCCAGAAGUACUAGAGUAGACGAAACUUUGGCUCGUUAUUAAAAAUGUUUAGAAGAUAAAAAAUAGCAGGAUAUGCAGAGACUAAAAAGAUUGGAAGAGAGUUUAGAGAAGGCUUGCUCCAAAAAAACUUAAAAUAUUGUUGAAAUUAAAAGAAGAGGAUUAUUAGAAUAGCUGAAAAUAGAAGAAGCCUUGUUCAAUAGAGCUAGGUCUUAAAAUGCAAGAAAUACCAAUAUUCUAGAAAAAGCACCUUAAAAAACUGUAUUGAUUCGACCAUCCAUGAGUGAAAUACCUUAAUAAAAACCAUUUCCUUAGCCAAAAUUUCUAUUUUCUAAACAAUAAAUGAAAUUACAUUCAUAAACUAUUUCACAUUUUUCAUAAGAAAUUAUAUCACUUGUAGAUUCCGUUAAUAUUCACGAUAUAGAAGAGAAAUUACUAUAAGUAUUUGCUUCACAGGACAAGACAUAAAGGGAAUUAUUUGCUAAAACUAAUUAUUUAUUUUUAUAUCACUGA